AUGCCCGAGCCGAACAAGGUUGUAGGGAGCACGGCCCAGGUCCGGCCGACGGGGAGCUCCGGCGGCAGGGCGCCGGCGGCGGACGAGUGCGAGCGCUCACGCCGGCUGGCGUCGGGAGGCAGCGGUGGUGGCGCGGGGAGAAACCGAGCCCGCACGGCCUCAACCCGGGCUCAGCGAGUUCCUCCAGCCAUGGCGGCGGCCGGAGCAGAUAGGGGAGGAGCGCGCCCUUCACCUGAAGCCCAGAGGAGAAGGCGGAGACGGUGGCCGGCAACCGAGAAGGCGGCGCGGCCAAGCUCGGCCACACCAGCCCGAGCUGGCCGUAUGCUGCAGGAUUCGCAGCGGCAGAGCUCGGGGCCGGCUGUGGCCGGCCGGUGGAGGUCGCCGGAGGUUCGGGGGGUCGCCGGAGGAGAGUCCAAGGUGAGGGAUCACCUGCCUAGCUCUCAAGCAGAGAGGAGGAUGGGUUGGUGGCAAAGUGAGAGAAAGAGAGGGAAAUGGUGGACGGGGAAGUGGUUGGUCGGCCAGAGCUUGGCCGGAGGCAGCCGGGGAGCGCACGGCGCACGAGGUUGA